AUGCCCAGGGUCCCCUCAAGAAACCGGGCUCUGCGCUGCAAGGGCUGCUGCAGGACUUGGGCACCUUGCGCAAACGCGGAUGCCGUCGCGGCCCACGCCGUCAAGGUGAACGUCUUCCACACCAUGAACUUUCUGCUGCGCUUCAGUGAGUCCAUCCGUGAGGCUGUGAGAAGCGGUCAGAUUGAGAUCCACGGUGGCAUCUAUGAUUUGGAGACAGGCAGUGUGGAAUUCUUGGGGAAGAGCCCGCAGCAGACCCAGCUGCUGGAGUCCAGCAUGCCUGUCCCACCUUCCAUGUCAGGCGGCGCAGCAGCCGACCACGGCGUGCACGGGGUCCGUACCGGUGCCGACUUUGUAGUGAAGCCCGAGGCGGCACUGAAGCUGCUGCAGCAGGGCAACGAGCGCUUUGCUGCAGGCGCGCCCACAGCAGCGACUACCUCCAGGGACAUGCGCCAGGCCUUGGUGAAGUGCGGCCAGGCGCCCCACAGCGCCAUCCUUGGCUGUGCGGACUCGCGAGUGCCCGUCGACACCGUCUUCGACGCGAUGCCCGGAGACCUCUUCGUGCUCCGCAACGCUGGCAACACCUGCACUCACGCAGCUCGGCAGAAGGGAGCAUUGUUGGCAGCUUGGAGUUCUGCGCCGGCAAGUUGGGCGCCCAGCUGGUCCUGGUGCUGGGGCACACGCAGUGUGGCGCCGGCCGGAGCUACGAAGACUUUCCAGGCCGGAGAGUGCAGGGCUUGGCUGGAGUGGCGCAGCAAGCCAGCGAGGACUUGGGCCAAGGGGGUCGAGGAGGCCAAGCUCAUCGCUCAUGCGGUGAAGGUGAACGUCUUCCACUCCAUCCUCCUGAAGUUCUCUGUGCCACUGCGCGACCUGGUGCGCAAAGGGAACCUGCAGAUCCAGGGCGGCAUCUAUCACCUCGACACGGGCCGAGUGGAGUUCUUGGGCCGCUCGCCUCAGCAAGCCGAGCUGCUGUCCUCCAAGCGCUCCGUGCCGCCGUCCAUCCAGUGCGGCCCAGUCCGAACCGCCCAGAGCGAGCCAGUGAUGCCACAGGAUGCCCUGGCCAUGCUGAAGGAUGGCAAUGAGCGCUUCGCAGUGGGCUCCCCACACUGCUCUCUUCCUGGGGACCUCUUUGUCCUGCGCAACGCUGGGAACACCUGCACGCAUGCCGAGGGCAGCGUGCUUGGCAGCCUGUGCACCGGUGCGCUGAACACCCGGCUCAGCCUGCAGUGUCAUCAAGGGCGUAACCAGGCCUUCGUCGCGUCCAAGAAGUCCGGUGGGGCCAAGAAGGACGGCCAUGCGCUGGACUCACUGCUACGAGGCCUGAGCUCGGUCGAAGAGACCGCGGCCUCGAUUGGGGCCACUGAGGACAGCAUUGCCCAGCACGCGGUGAAGGUGAACGUGUUCCACACUAUCAACUUCAUGCUGCAGCACCCUGCUCAGGGGAUGCAGAUUGAUGCAGCGCAGUAG